AUGGCUAAUUGCGAACAUAAACAAAAAGAAGAUCCGAAAGAGAAAAUACCGGAUACAAACCAAGAACUCGUUCAGGAUAAUAAAAAGGAAAACACAUUAAACUGUUCACAAACUCCUGAGUAUAAUACAAUUUUGGAAAAUUCAAAAGAGUUGCAAGAACUUUUAACGUACAACGCAGUAAAAUAUCAUUUACACAAAGUUUACAGAAUAUUAACCAUCCAAAAUGGAGCAGGGAUAACGGAUAAUGAAGCCAAAAGGGAUUUAGCUAUAGAAUAUUUAAACACGUUAAGAGUGGGUGGUAUUCAUCAUAAUGAGGCGGUAGAAGAAUUUUGUCAGUUAGCAUCACAAAAACUUUUUAAUUAA